AUGCCGUCCGUUACAUACAUGAACAAUUCCGCUCCCUUCUGGGACUUUAUCGCUAGCCUCGAGCAGCAAGACUCUCAACGAGGCCCGCAACACCCUAUGCAUACCCACCACCGUCACGACGAGACCAACAACGACCACGAGGCACCCCCUCAAGGCCCCCAAGAUCCUUUUGCUCCGUUCAGAUCGAGUGGUCCUUUUUUCGGUGGCGCCUGGGGUAUGCCUCAUCGAGGGGGACCUCCUCAUGGACAACAUGAGCACCAUCACGAGGGAGCCACCGGUGCCCAAAAUCACGACGGUACAGACCAGCCGGAAGCCGAGAAGGAUGCUAGGAUAAACACCGAGAAUGAUAAUGGCCAAGGUCCUUCAAGUACCUCUGGGUCAGUCCAUGAAGCUCACCACCGUGGCCGUUCUCAAGGUCGCUGCGGUGGAGGACGUCGAGGACGCUGCGGUCCUGGUGGCCCAGCUGGUUCUGGACCUCAUCAUGCUCACCAUCCCUAUGGCAGCUCACCUCGCCACGGACCGCAUCACGGCGGCCAUCGCGGAGGCUGGGGUCCCUGGUCACGCGGAGUGCCUUUUCCAGGCAGGCAGUGCAUGGUUGGCGCACCCUCUGGGGCUGCUGAUAAUCCUUGGAACUCCUUCGACCCCUCUGCAUUUGCCGCACAGUUGUUUAACCAAUUCACCGACACCCACCCUUCCAACGCUACCAACACUACCAAAGCCAAUGAGUCCGAGGACCAUACACCUGACGCCGACAUUUUCGACACUGAGUCCGCCUAUGUUGUUCACGUCUCGCUUCCUGGUGCCAAAAAGGAAGAUGUUGGCGUGAAUUGGGAUGCAGAGAAGAGUGAGCUAAGCAUUGCCGGUGUCAUAUACCGCCCUGGUGACGAGGAGUUGUUGAAGGCACUUGCUAUGAAUGAGCGCAAGGUUGGAGCCUUCGAGAGAAAAAUUCGUCUUGGGACGAGGGCGAACCCAGCAAACGUCGAUACCGAUAGUAUCACAGCGAAGCUUGAGGACGGUGUCUUGAGGGUUGAGGUACCGAAGCUAGACUCUGGUUUCGUGGAGAUCCGCAAGGUGGAUAUCGAAUAG